GGAGAGGUAGGUGACAUGGGUCCGGAUGGCUUGAAAGGACCACGAGGAGAUUGGGGGUUAAAGGGAAGACCCGGGGCACUCGGUAUUCACGGUUUCUAUGGCGUGAAGGGUGAACGAGGCCCGAUUGGGCCGCCCGGUUACGACGGGCCUAAAGGUAAAAGGGGAUUGGACGGAGAUCCCGGUCGAAUGGGUUUACCAGGAAUGCCUGGUGAUCCGGGCCCUAGAGGAUUCCCCGGUUUAAUGGGCGCGCCAGGGCCCAAAGGAAUGGUGGGUGAACCGGGUCCACCAUCGUACGGCACAGCGGAGAGGGGUGACUUUGGUAUUCCUGGUCUCAAUGGCUUGCAAGGUGAAAAGGGGAUGCAAGGUGAACCUGGUUUCCCAGGAUUGCCUGGACGAAAGGGCAUGGAAGGUAAUAUUGGAUUACCUGGACUUGAUGGAUUCCCAGGUUUGCCGGGUUUCCCAGGUCUUCCCGGCGAUCAAGGACCUCCAGGUUUCCCAGGAUUAACCGCCGAGUACGUUGAGCCAGGUGAAGAUGGUGUACUCGGAUUAGACGGGCUGCCCGGUAUUCCAGGAAUUCCGGGACAAAAAGGUGCACCCGGCGAGUACGGAUACAAUGGUCCUAAAGGAAUUGUGGGAGAUGUCGGCGUCAGCAUUCGUGGUCCGAAAGGACUUCCAGGAGACGAAGGAUUGGAUGGAUUGGAAGGAAAUAUCGGACCACCGGGAGAGAAAGGCGAUACCGGAGACGCUGGAUUGCCCGGAAUCUUCAUUAAAGGAGUUCCAGGCGAGCCAGGAUUGCCUGGAUUCGUUGGUAGAAAUGGAGAACGCGGGCAAAAAGGUGAACCAGGUUAUCCUGGAUUCCCAAGUGCGCCUGCGCCAAAGGGAGAGCCCGGUGACGACGGAGGCGAGGGCCCACCUGGCCCGCCAGGACCUCCAGGACCAAAAGUCAAUUACACUUCCAAGGGAUACUUUGAAAUAUUUUGUAUACAACAGCUUUCAACAGAUGAUAUGAUUGAUCCAUCCGAACCCGUGGACGAAUUCUUCAGAGAAUUUACACGAAUUUCUAUGUACUCGUUUCAGGGGCCGAAAGGAGAUCGUGGUAUUAACCCGUUCUCGCCUUUCCCAAGGAAAGGUUUGCCUGGCGAUGAAGGACUGCUAGGACUGCCAGAGUCACACGGACGAUCACUUCGCGCAGGUUUCCCUGGGCUUCAAGGGAAGAUAGGCGAACCAGGAGAAGACGGAGUUCCCGGAUUGGAGGGAGAGCCCGGGAUGAUAGGACUUCCAGGUUUCCCGGGGCCGGAUGGCAAGGAUGGGCCCCCUGGCUACCCUGGAGUUCGUGGCGCGGUUGGACGACAAGGACCUGCAGUCAAAAUAUCAAAUGGCCUGUUGUGUGAUAAUAUAUCAACCUUUAGUCAAAAUAUCAAAUGGCCUGAACGAAGGCAAAAAUGGCUUACCACGGAACGUGUUAAACAGCAUGCUCUGCACGUCCUAGACCACCUGGAUUACGAGGGGCUCCGGCACCACCAGCGCCAGGACCUCGAAGCAGAGGUUUCUUCUUCGCCCGACACUCGCAAUCCGAAAUGAUACCAGUGUGCCCGAAGAACACGGUGAAACUUUGGGACGGUUUCUCGUUUUUGCAUAUAAUGGGCGAAGGAUAUUCUUUCGGGCAGGAUCUCGGCACGGCCGGAAGCUGCCUCAGGAAAUUCUCCACCAUGCCUUUCACAUUCUGCACGUUGCAAAACGUGUGCGACUACGCGAAUAAAAACGACUACAGCUACUGGUUGAGCACGACGGAACCAAUGCCGAUGUCGAUGGCGCCGAUACCGGCGCCGGAAGUCGGAAGAUACCUCUCGAGAUGCUCCGUCUGCGAGGCCUCGACUCGCGUGAUCGCCGUGCACAGUCAAUCUAUGGCUAUACCAGAGUGUCCCGGUGGUUGGGAAGAACUUUGGAUCGGAUACAGCUUCCUCAUGCAUCGAGACGCAGGCGGACGCGGAUACGGCCAGUCGUUGGUUUCACCCGGUUCCUGCCUGGAGGAAUUCCGCGUGAGACCGUUCAUCGAGUGCCACGGCUUCGGCACGUGCAACUACUACUCCACUGCCACGUCCUUCUGGCUGACCAUCAUCAAGGACGGCGACAUGUUCCGCAGGCCGAUACCACAGACGCUGAAAACCGAUCACACGUCGCGGGUUAGUCGUUGCGCGGUGUGCGUUCGACGCCGCGUUACCGAGGACAACGUCGGCCAGGACGUCGGCAGAGUGCCGAGGCCAUUCACGCCGAACGGUCAGAGGGAGCAGAUCGGCAACGUUCAGUACCCGUACUCGCAACAGCAGCAGAGUCAACGUUAUUAUCCGAACUAUCAGUACCAGAGAUUAGGCCCGACAGGAAGAACGAGAGGGCCGAACAGACGCGUGCCACAUCAAUAUCGAAGGAAAGGCAGACUACGUAAACCCGAGCGGACGACCGAGUCACAGGAAGCGGCUUAG